UCAUAUUUUAAUUCAAUAUACUUCAAGUAGAAUCUUGGCUAAAGAAGAGAGAAAAAAAACAAAAAAAAAAGCUGGAUAAUUCUUAAUUUGGAAAUUAUUUUUUUUAAAAAGAAAAUGAUUGACUUUACUCUUUGUUCUUUCUUCUUCUUUCAGCUUAAGAAAAAAAAAAGAUUUUCAGAUCAAUGUCCAACAAACGUAGCCGAAACUCUUCCCCAGAACCCACCGAGUCAGCACAAAAGCGUGUGUGCGAUCAAAGCAAUAGCACUGGGUUAUUGUCUGAAUUAUCUCAAGUACUUAACACAAUCAAAUCAACACCUUCUUCAGGUGAAAUCUCUGCUGAGGUAAUGGAGACAUUUAAGAUUCUUUUACUGGAGAUCGAUCACUUGUCAGCUGAUGAAUCUAACGUGGAAGCAAAACAAAUGAAGCAAGAGAGUGAGGCUUGCUUAGAAAACUGGUUCGAUGAUUUGCUUGCUCGAUGUGAGGCUGACGGUGAAUUAAACUUGCAAGAUCUGGAAAGUCUAUGCGAUAGUGAAGACGACGAUGGUGAUUCUAUUGCCUAUGCAAUGGCGCAAGAAGAUGAAGACGAUGAAGAAAUUAUCAUUGUCGAUGACGAAGGCUCUGAAGUCGGCACUUCUCAAGCCCUUGCCGUUUUAUAAUGCUUCGCUAUCUGUAUUAUUAUUUUAUUAUUGUUCAUCUUCCUUUUUAUAUUUCUCUCAAUUUCUUUUUUUUCCUUUUUGCAGUAAUACCAUUCGCGUAUUGUUAGGCACCCCAACAAUAAACGGAAUACGCAGAAAGCACACAAUUCUAUUAU